AUGCGGACACGCGCCUGGUCGCGGCUGUGCGUGCUCGCGAGCUGGGCAGCGCUGCUGGCGUGCGCCCGCGCGGACAACGCGUGCCCGCCGGCGUGCGCGUGCUCCCAGGACUCCGGCACGGUGAGCUGCCACGCCGGUGGCGCGUCGGGGGUGCCGACUCGCGUCCCAGCGUGGACCUCCACGCUGAUCCUACGCGGGAGGAACGUGACGACGCUGCAGCGGGGGGCGUUUGCAGCGCCCAACGGCAGCGCCUUGGACGAGGCGGCCACGUUGUCGCUGUCCGGCAAUCUGAUCCGAGCGGUGGAGGCGGACGCCUUUGCGGGGCUCCCGCACCUCCACGUGCUCGACCUGAGCCACAACCAGCUGGAGCGCGUGUCCGACGGCGCCUUCAAGGGCCUGCGGGAACUGCGCACGCUGUGCCUCAACGAGUCCAUCGUCCCCGAGGCGGCCGCGCAGUUGGCGGCCGCGCUGGGCGCUGGCGACCUGCGCGACCUCCACCGGCUGGAGCUGGCUGGCAACCGGCUCCGGAGCCCACCCCUGACCCCCGCCGGCCUGGACGCCUUCCGACUGCUGCACCAGCUGGUUCUGGUCAACAACUCCAUCCGGAGUCUGGGCCGGGAGGACGUGGGCGGCUUGGAGCGGCAGAGGCGCACCCGCGUCUACCUGGCACGCAACCCCUUCCGCUGCGCAUGCGAACUGGAGGCCCUAUACUGGUGGCUGAAGAACGCCUCACAGUGUCCUGACGCUGCGCUGCUGCGCUGCGCCGAACCUGAGGCCCGGCGUGGGCUGCAGGUGGAGCAGCUGCGCCCCGAGGACGUGGACUGCCUGAACGAGAACCUGGAGGCCGUCUCCUACGUGUUCCUGGGCAUCGUGCUGGCCUUGAUCGGACUGGUGUUCCUCAUGGUGCUCUACUUGAACCGUGGCGGGAUCAAGCGUUGGCUUAACAACAUCCGCGAGGCCUGCCGGGACCAGAUGGAGGUCUACCACUACCGCUACGAGCAGGACUCGGACCCGCGGCUCGCCAACGUGGCCGUCUGAGCGCCAACAAAAGGGGGGUUGGGGAGGGGGUCGCCAAAGAGUGACAAAGUAUCUACUCCUCACAACUCAUCAAAUGGGUGCGCAUGAAAUGCUUGCGACCACCAAAUAGUCGUUUGUGACCACAAAAUAGUUCUUAGGAGCCGUCUGGCUUGAGCGCACCUUCACUUGAAAGAACGAUUACGACAUUUGUAUACAAUCCGAGUCUGGACAUUGUGACUAUCAUCAAUUUAUAUUCUCUCCAGAGAAACAGAGCCACCGCCAAAUUGCUCUCACAGGUUCCUCAACGGUCGGACUCCUUGCUCGCUCGUUUGUAUGCAAUCUGUCC